GUUUUCUGACUAUAGUCCACCAGCAAUUAAUUCGACCCAAACAUUAUCAUGCCAGCUGUAUCAGUCAACGCUCCGGAGCAUGCCAAACCGACCGAUGGCUACUUCAAUCUGGGCACUUACAGUCGCAAGAUCAGUACAAAGAAUUCCGAGGCCCAGCUUUGGUUCGAUCGUGGCUUGAUAUGGGCAUAUGGCUUCAACAUCAAGGAAGCAUCCAUCUGCUUUGAGAAAGUCAUUCGACUGGACCCUGGUUGUGCUAUGGGCUAUUGGGGCCUCGCCUAUACAAAGGGUCCUUACUACAACAAAGCAUGGCGACUUUUUGAUCCCAAAGAACUCAAGGAAGCUCUAGUAGUGACAUACGAGACCUCACGCAAAGCUCUAGAGCUCGCAGACAACGCGACACCAGUUGAGCAAGCUCUCAUCAAAGCGAUCGUCGCCAGGUACCCUCAAAAGACCCCUACCGAGGAUUAUCAGCCAUGGAACGUGGCAUAUGUCGACGCGAUGGAAGAUGUGUACAAAACUUACAGAGACGACCUAGAUGUUGCAUGUCUGUAUGCGGAAUCACUCAUGGUGUUGACGCCUUGGGCUCUCUGGAACAUCCAUACCGGCAAGCCUGCUCGUGGCGCUCGUCCUUACGAAGCAAAGGAAGCACUGGACCAUGCCUUUACUCUGCCUGGAGCUUGGGAACAUCCUGCUUUGUUGCACUUCUACAUUCACUUGAUGGAGAUGUCAGGAAAACCAGAAGCUGCACUGGAAGCAGGUGACCGCCUGCGAGGCCUUGUGCCCGACAGUGGCCAUUUGGAACACAUGCCUUCGCAUUUAUAUGUUCUCAUCGGAGACUACAGGGCUGGCAUUGCCGCAAACGCGUCGGCAGUCAGAGCUGAUGAUGCGUAUGUGGCCAAGAUGGAAGGUAACGAGAUGUACACUUUCUACCGCGCCCACAAUUCGCACUCUUUGAUCUAUGCUGCCUUGCUUUCCGGCAAAUCAGAGAUUGCUCUCCAGAAUUGUACCCUCAUGGAGAACUACCUACCGGAAGAACUUCUUGCCAUUGAGUCACCAAACAUGGCAGAUUGGCUUGAGUCCUUCCUGGGCGUUCGUGCUCACUUACUUGUUCGGUUUGGACGUUGGGAGGAAAUUCUCGCUCUUGAGAUGCCAAAGAAUCAGAAGCUGUACUGUGUAACUACAGCAACUCUUCACUAUGCGAAGGGUGUCGCACAUUCAGCGCUCGGCAACGUCGUCGAAGCCGAAAAGGAGCAGGAGCUGUUCCUAGCGGCCCAGAAACGCGUACCAGAAUCUCGUUUCGACUUCCCAAACAAGUGCACCGAUAUCCUCAAGGUUGGCGAAGCCAUGCUGGCAGGUGAAAUUGAGUACCGCAAGGGCAAUAUCGAUCUCGCCUUUGAGCAUCUGAGAGAGUCCAUCAAGCGCGACGACAACCUCGUAUACAGUGAGCCUUGGGGCUGGAUGCAACCCACACGCCAUGCUUACGCUGCCCUAUCACUCGAGCAGGGUCUCGUCGAACAAGCAGCCCAGGCAUACGCAGAAGACCUUGGCUACGUGGCCGGCAUUCCUCGUGGCCAUCAACACCCUAACAAUGUCUGGGCAUUGGUCGGAUAUCGUGAAUGCUUGAAACUGCUUGGACGUCAUGAUGAAUAUGAUCAACUCGAAUUGCCCUUCCAGUUGGCGACUAAUAUGGCGGAUAUACCUGUUACUUCAUCCUGCUACUGCAGAAGAAUGAAGAUGAGCGGCCGUACCAGCGGCAGAAGAGAAUCCAAGAUAUAAAAAGACUUUUGCUACACCCUAAAGCAAUUCUGCCCUGUCUCGUCUCCACCUCAUAUAGCUAAAACAUCUUGAGGAAUCUACCAAGCUUCUCCAAAGCGUGCAUUGAUAGCCUUAAGCUAGCUCGAGAAAGUGCACGGUCGUAAAUGACAACAUGAAAGAGCAAAUAUGAUUUUGAGUUGUAAUGGGAAUGAUGCCUAUCUAGAACACGGUGUAGCCGUUCCAGAACAGAAAUCCGACAUCGAUC